AUGGAAAAUGCGACCAUUUGUGCUGAAAAUACAUUUGCAAACACCAUAGCCGGGAUUUUAAUCACCCACGUCAGCUUUGCUAUUGCCAUAUUAGGAGUGGCGGUGAAUCUGCUCACCCUCAUCGUCUUACGCCGCAAUGCAGCUCGAGGAGCUACAAAUCUAUUGUUGGUCGUUCUGGCUACUGAGGAUAUACUCAUAAUUUUUUCAUACAGUUUGUACUACGUGGCCAUACACUACUAUGAAAACUACCAGCUAACCUAUUUGGGACUGUUACGCUACGGUGACAGCCCUCUGUACUUCGUACUUAGCUGGGUGAAAGUGGCCGAGAUUUACACUAUUGUCCUACUUAGCUUACAGCGUUAUUUGGCAAUCCGGUGGCCGUUACAUGCAGCCAGCUUAUGUUCUGUCGGUCGAACCAAACGUGUCCUUGCUGGAGUAAUUAUGCUAUCGGCCGUGCUCAAAUUGCCCAAUCUGAUAUUGGGCUAUCGGGAAAUGGUUUACGUACCGGACUGCAAACAACACAUACUGAUGGAAGUGUUCAGAAACAAACCAUGGUAUACAAAUUUUCGAUUGAUACACGUACAAGUUCUGGAUCAAGUGAUUGGUUACAUAAUCCCACUGAUUGCGUUGAUUGUGCUCAAUAUUGGAUUGAUCACACGUGUACAAAAAGCCACACGGGAACGAAUGCAAAAACAAGGACUAGGCAUUGUCGGUUAUCCACCGCGGGACUCAAACGGAAUCGAGCGGACUGGAGGACAGACAACGAUUCCUACAAGUGGAGACCAAAACGAAAUGCUCCGUAGACAAAAUAAGGACGAGAGGAGAAAAGAAUGUUCGAGUUUGAAACCACAGCAGACGGAGCUAACCGGAGUUACGAUCAGCAGGACACCGUCAACGAGUGGCCCUAAAGCGACGAAUACCAACACGGCAAACGUGCAAAACCGUAGUGUAACACUAACAUUGAUCGGUGUUGUGUCCACAUUUAUCGUAUUUGAAACUCCGACUACAAUAUGCUUCUGUUACGAGUUUUCCCAGCUAAUCAGCAAACAACUUGGUAUAGACGAUACGCUGGAUGACUCGUCUGGAGAAACGACGGAUACAAUCACCGCAACAAACUUUUAUCACCACGUCUACCCGGCCGCAUUGAUUUGCGUGAUGAUCGGUUGUGCCAGCAACUUUUUUAUUUACAUGCUGAUUGGGAGCAAGUUUCGACGUCAGUGCCUCAAGGUAUUACAAGAAACUCUGCUGUCUUGCAAUUUCCGACGUCAACCGCAACCACAAGGUCAUGCAAGUUGGCACCGAAAACGACCGGUUAGGCGUCGAAGAACAACCCGACCAGCAGAGACGAAGCACUCCGUGACAUUGGUGGAGCAGUGCGAGAUUUAG